UCUGAGCAUUGUUGUGUAUCGCAUGCAUAACGCCUGGCGUGGACUUCGUUUAUUGGUUGAUUAAUAUCUCUCAUUUUAUUUUGAAGAGCCAUAACUGGCUCAUCGAUUUUCUUAUGACUUCAAAGAACGGAUUUCAGACGGUGGAUCUAUCAAAUAGUGACCCGAAAGAGUCGGAUUUGAAUCAGAAAAUAGAGAGGCCAAUCGGUAGUCGUCAAAACGAGCGUAUUUUUCUAGCACAAAACAAGGAAGAAGGCGGCGAUAUGCCCCAGCCGGGAGAAUCAACGGGCAAGCUUUUGCUUUGUUUUCUUGGUGUAUUUGUAUGCUACUUCUACUUUGGAAUUCUUCAAGAAAAGAUAACAAAGGGCUCGUAUGGCGAAAAUGAAAAAUUCAACUACUUCUUAUGUCUUCUUUUCUUGCCAUGUGUUUUCAAUGCCAUCUAUGCUAAAGCAGUUCUUUACUUCACAAGUGAAGGGUCCGAUCCCACAUCACACAACCUGUAUGCAGCCUGUUCUGUGACCUACCUUGGGGCCAUGGUAGCCAGUAAUAUGGCCCUUCGUUACGUCAGCUAUCCAUUCCAGGUCCUAGGAAAGUCAUGUAAACCAAUUCCAGUCAUGAUUCUGGGUGUGCUUCUUGCCAGAAAAUCCUACCCAUGGAUGAAAUACCUUUGUGUGCUCCUGAUAGUCUGUGGUGUUGCCACAUUUGUCUACAAAGAUAAGGGCACCAGCAAAAACAGUGACCACAUCUUGGGUAUUGGAGAAAUUCUAGUGAUGGUGUCUUUAACAUUUGACGGACUGACAGGAGCUAUUCAAGAGAAAAUGAGAGGCCGGUUUAAGACUCAGUCACAUCACAUGAUGUUUAGCAUGAAUGCAUGGUCAAUUUUAUACCUUGGCAUAGCUAUCUUUGUAACUGGAGAAGUAUUUGAAUUUAUACCAUUUGUGCUGCGUCACCCUUCUGUGCUGCCUAAUAUUGUUCUUUUUGGAUUAGCUAGUGCCAUAGGACAGCAUUUUAUAUUCAUGACGGUGGCCACCUUUGGCCCUCUCACCUGCUCCAUCAUCACAACAACGAGAAAGUUUUUCACCAUCCUCGGUUCCGUCAUCUUCUUUUCCAACCCGAUGUCCUCCAGACAGUGGAUAGGUGUCGCCCUUGUAUUCACCGGCCUUGGUCUCGACAGUGUCUUCGGCAAGAGCAGAGCCAAACCAAAGAAUUGAAGUGACUGGUCGCGAUAUCUUGUUACGGACAUUUUCACGAGCUUCACUUUGAUUGCAAAGUAUGGUGUGUUCCCACAAAGAUAGCAAGAUCAAAGAACAGCAAUGCAUGAAUUGUGACCGUGAAGCAGGGAUUCAUGAAUGUGUGCAUGAGAUUGCUAAGCACUGUAUCAUGUAUAACCUACUUUGGGAAUGAAGGACUGUAUCUCUAAAUUAAAAAAUUUGAGGAGAGCUCAGAAAAACACUAUUCAAGAGUUAUGAUUAAAGUGUCAACUUCUUUUGCCUAGAAAUAGUUCUCUACAUGAAGGAGGACAGUAUGAGGUUGCAGCCAUAGCUGUAAUUCUAAAAUACAGCCUUUUCUGAGCUAUUAUUAUAUAUUUUUUUUUUCGAGGUACAAGACUUUAAGAUCCCACUGACGAUAUGGGAUAGGCUAAGGUAUAAGCAUGAGAAAGAUAAUUUAGGGUUAUGAAUAAAUGCAUCAAAUAUCAGAGUCUUACACC